AUGGUUCUUUGGCAUAAUAACUCGCAUACAUUUGGCAGAUCUUUUGAUACUGUGACUAUAGCCUUUUUCAAUCGGUAUCCUAACCCCUAUGCCUCACAUGUAUUAAGUAUUGAUACGCUUUCGAGGCAUGUGGAUGAGGAAGGGAAGCUUGUUUCUACAAGGUUGAUCAAGAAGAUGGGGAAGCUGCCCAAUUGGGUGAAGCCUUUUCUAGGGAAGAUUACAGAGUCGUGGAUCAUCGAGCAUUCGGUGGUCGAUACGAAGAAGGGAGUCAUGCUCACUUAUACGAGGAAUUUGGACCACACAAAGAUCAUCAAGGUGGAGGAGUAUCAACGCUUUGAGAAGGAUGGUGAUAAUACGCAGGUGAAGUCUAUGGUGAAGUUCAGUAGCGGGUUUGGGAUUGGAAUUCGGAACAGGAUUGAGAGCUGGUCCCAUCAGAAGUUCGAUGAGAACAUCAAGAAAAGUAGGCAAGGUAUGGCUUUCGUUAUGGAGAGACUUGAACUAUCACGAAUGAACAAAACACCUAACUAG